CCCUCCCACACGGCGUCAAGAAAACCCCCCCAACCAAUCUCCUUCGUCUAUCCUCUUUCCCCUCUUUCUCUCACUAGAAGAAUUUUCCCCAAUUCUAGAGAGAGAAAGCCCAGCUCCCCCCAUCCCUCCAAUUGGUAUGAAGAACCCCAAUCACCCCGCUACUUAGUUACACCCAACCAUCCGCUCAAUUAUUUCUCGGCAUCCAAACACACUCCCAGCAGAGAGAAAGCUAUAGAACCUUUUCCCCUUCUUUGUGGCCUCCGUCGAGGAAAUAUGUCCAACUUGUUGUUGAAAAUUCCAGCGGCGCAAAUUCCUGCCGCCGCUCCCAACCCCUCCUCCGCCGCCGCCGCGGCCAAGUCCCUGCCCCGCCUGCCGCAUCCUCAGCUGUUCCCCAGCCUGCAGCCGCUGGUCAUCGUGGGGAGGCGGGUGCCAAGUCUAUCCAUUUCGUGCUCCUGUUCUUCUUCGUCGUCGUCGUCUUCUUCGAUUAUUGACGGCGGGGGCGAUGUGGCGCUGCUGGAGCGGUGCUUUGUGGCGCCGCCUGCUCCGGUGGAGAAGGGUUUGGGCUCGAGCUCUGGAGGGGAGUUCGGCCCGGUUAUGAAGGGGAAGUUUGGCUCUCUUGGUGCUGUUACUCUGGAGAAAGGGAAGCUUGAUCUUUCCCAGAAGCAAUCCCAGUCUGCUCCUGAGGUUGCACUUGGGGGAGGUGGCGGGGAUAGUGGUAAAAAAAUCAAUAACGGUGGUGGAGACGGAGGUGAUGAUGAUGGUGAUGAUGAUGACUACUUCGAUGACUUUGAUGAUGGCGAUGAGGGUGAUGAAGGUGGCCUCUUCAGAAGGAGGAAAAUCUUUGAAGAGCUUUUUGAUAAAAAGUUUGUAGAUGCUGUGUUGAAUGAGUGGCAGAAAACCAUGAUGGAUUUGCCUGCUGGAUUCCGACAAGCUUAUGAAAUGGGCUUGGUGAGCUCAGCUCAAAUGGUAAAAUUCCUUGCAAUAAAUGCCAGGCCAACCACCACUAGAUUCAUUUCAAGAUCGCUUCCUCAAGCAAUUUCAAGGGCGUUUAUUGGAAGGAUGCUUGCAGAUCCUGCCUUCCUUUACAAGCUUCUCUUAGAGCAGUUUGCAACACUUGGUUGCUCUGUGUGGUGGGAGUUUAAGAAUCGCGGAGACAGGAUAAAGCAAGAAUGGGACCUGGCCCUUGUAAAUGUAUUGACUGUGACAGCAUGCAAUGCCUUUGUGGUUUGGUCGCUUGCCCCUUGUCGUUCAUAUGGAAACACAUUCCGGUUCGAUCUACAGAAUACACUACAGAAGCUUCCAAACAAUAUAUUUGAGAAGAGCUACCCACUUAGAGAAUUCGACUUGCAGAAGAGAAUCCAUUCAUUCUUCUUCAAGGCUGCAGAAUUAUGCAUGGUGGGUUUAGCAGCAGGAGCAGCUCAAGGCUCAUUAUCAAAUGCUUUAGCCUCUAAGAAAAAGGACAGGGUGUCUGUGACAGUCCCACCAGUGAGUACGUACGCACUGGGUUAUGGUGCUUUCCUUGGGCUUUAUGGAAAUGUGAGAUACCAGCUGUUAUGUGGGUUUGAUAGAGCGGUGGUCAAUCACUUUGAUGUCAUUGGACUGGCCUUGUUUCUGGGCACAGCUCUGAGGAUAAUGAAUGACCAAGCAGGAGAAGUGUCAAGGCUAGCCUGGCUAGGGGUGGAGGUAGAUCCUCUUGCUCAGUCAGAGAACCUUCUGAAGGCGUACAACAGGCCGACAACAUCAGAGGAUCUUGAUGCAGCAUCGUCAUCCUCAAAGUGGUUCAUCUCAAAGAAGGCGUUAGUUUCAGGGCUGGGCCUCCUCGGCAUCAAACAAGGUAAUGCAGAGUCUAGUGGCAGCGAGUCAGCAGCUAAGCCCCGCAGGAAGAGAGUAGUCCGGAAAAAGGUGCCUGCUGGUUCAGCAUAAGCGAUUACGCGUGAGUAAGUUGUUGGUCACCUCAAAUCCAAUUUUUGCCUCCUGUUAGACGCGACUUGAAGUUGCCAUAGAGCGAGUCAUGAGUGUAGGAUUGUGAAUGGGGGAGUAAGGUGUAGGGAUAUUGGCAUUGUUUGUGUAGUAAUGCAUUCGUGAUUCCUGGACUGCAAAUUUUUGUAAUAUGGUAGAGAUACUGGAGAUUUUUGUUCUGAGUUGGCUGUUCAUAGCUACUACCAUAUGAAAUAACGACCCCCAAUUGGGAAUUUGCAAUUGCGCAGAGAAGAUCCAACAGUCUUUCUUUCUCUCUUCCACUUAUCCUUCGUCUGGUAAACACAGGAAAAAAAGACCAUUCCCCAAUUCUUUCCACAACUCGCCGCCGGCGGCUAGUCCUCCCGGCCAACCCAAUGGAUCCGCAACCGCUGUCACAGAUCCUCCCCACCCUCAAUUACUGGCUCGUCGACCAUCCCCAAAUCCGCCACUUUACCUGGUCGCCCGGUCAAACCUUCGCCUCCACUCCCCAAUUCGCCGCCGCCGCCGUCCUCACCUACCUCUCCCUCACCCUCCUCCUCCGCCGCCUCCCCCUCCCCGUCCUCCCUCCUCCGAUCCUAAAACCCCUAACCGCCGCCCACAGCCUCGUCCUCUUCCUCCUCUCCGCCGUCAUGUCCGCCGGCACCCUCCUCUCCAUCUUCUCCCCCAACAAUUCCCCUCUCCCUCGCCUCCGCCGCGCCGUCUGCUUCCCCCCCGACACACCGCCGUCCGGCCCGCUCUUCUUCUGGGCCCAGAUCUUCUACCUCUCCAAAUACCUAGAAUUCGGGGACACGCUCCUCAUCAUCCUCAGCAGGUCGAACCAACGGCUCACGUUCCUCCACGUGUACCACCACGCCACCGUUGUCGUCAUGUGCUACCUCUGGCUCAGCACGGCCCAGUCCCUUUUCCCGGUGGCGCUCGUGACCAACGCGACGGUGCACGUGGUCAUGUACGGCUACUACUUCUGCACCGCGCUGGGGUCCCGGCCCCGGUGGAAGAGGCUGGUCACCGAUUUUCAGAUCGUGCAGUUCGUCUUCAGCUUUGGAAUCUCUGGAUUGUUGUUGUACUACCACUUCGCCGGCGGCGGGUGCUCCGGGAUGGCUGGCUGGUGCUUCAAUGCCGUUUUCAAUGCCUCGCUGCUUGCGCUUUUCGUUGAUUUCCACGGGAAGAGCUACGCUGCCGCGAAGAAGAGGAAGGCCGCGGCGGAGAAGAUUGGUUCCGGUUGCGAUAAAGUAAGGGAUAAGAGGCAAUGAUUUUGUGACCUUUUUUUUAAUAAGUGUGGGUUUUUGUCGUGGUGCAUUGGGUAAGCAAUUUUCCGAUUAAGAAAUGGCGAGUAAUACAAAUUGGAGAGGGAAAUUGGGUUACGAUAUGAUUUAUGGCCUGUGUAUUUUAAGGAACGAAGCAAUUGAAAGCAAUCACCAACCUUUAUUUGUUUAACAAUUUUUU